CGUAGCACCAUUGGUCGGUCGAUUCGAAGCAGCUCACUGCUUCAAGAUGUAUGGGUUGGAGAGAGAUCCAAGUUUCAGCGCCAAUUGCAACGUUCUACUGGCGCUACUGGAGACUGAACCUGAAAUUGAAGGUUGCUACUCCGCGCAGAUCGAAAAGGCCCUCACAUUUCUCUUAGACAUAUUCGAAAUCGGAGACCGAGAUACCGUUCAUAAAUGGGAUAUUUCGUCCAAAUAGG